AUGGUCAAGCACCCAAAAACCGGGAAAGACUUCAAUUCGGCGCCGACGGCGAACCAGAGCCUCUUCGAGGGCACGAUCGUCGACUACGCGGUCAAGAACGCCCACCGCGCGCGCCUCGACUUCCGCUACCUCAUGGCCCCGCUCUACGGCACGGGCUACUCGGCGGACAAGCACCACGACCAGCACAAGAAACGCGGGUGCCGGGCCGUCGGGGGCAUCUUCGGAGGCACCAAGGCCCUCUCCGAGUUCGUCCAGGGCACCACCCCGGUCUCGCCGAUCCGCGUCGUCGAGAUCGACGACGGCGACUUCCAGCUCAUGGACACGAACGUCCUCACCGGCGCCGUGCCCGCGGACGCCGAGCUCCUCGUCGCCGCGGGCCUCUCCGUGUCCGACCUCAACCCCGCGCUGCACGCGCGGAUGACGCCCGGCGUCGGCGAGCGCGCGGGCCUCAAGGGGCCAUUCGCGUUUUGGUCGAUCGUCGGCGACUUCUACGGCACCGACGGCGUCGUGGGCGUCGACCUCUUCUCUCGCGUCGCCGGCUACCUCAAGCACCUCAACAAGGUCGCCAAGCCCAGCCCUUCCCGAAGUCCGUCUCCGUCCUACGCCGAGUACCACGCGGCGCACGCGGCGCGCGUCAUGCGCGAGGAGGCGGCGAAGGCGGUCCAGGGGCCGAACCCGAGGCUCCAGGCGAUGGGCCAGGCCUAUUUGUCGAGCCAGAAUUCGGGCGUGGGCUACGUGCUCCUCAAGGGCGUCUUCGACGCGAAGCGCGACCGCGACGACUUCGAGGACUGCCUCGCCGUCAUCGGCGAGCUCCGCCGGGAGCUGCCCAAGGCGGACUCGCUCUUCGCCGUCGGCGUCCUCGACACGGACUGGCUCUUCACCCUCGGCACCGUCGAGCGCGACGUCGUGUCGGGGUGCUACGCGUCCGCGGACGCGGCCAUCAACGACGCGCGCGCCGUCCUGCGCGAGGCGCCGGCCGCCGCGGCGAAGUUCGACGACAUGCUCGCGGCGGCCGUGGACCGCAGGCCCGCGAAGCGCGCGCGCGUGGCGCCCGCCGAGGGCGCGGCGCCGCGGCCGCGGGCCGGGAGCGGGCUGAGCGCGGCGCAGAUCGACGCGGCCGUGAUGAGCCAGCCCGCCGUGGCCAUCGCCUUCGGCGACCGCAUCGCGGCGCUACGGCCCCUCGUCGCGGCCGGCGACGGCGAGCCCGGCGCCGCCGCGCCCGUCGACGGCGACGCGCCCAUGGCCGACGCGCCGGCGGCGGACGUCGCGCCGCCGGGGGCCCUCUGGACGCCGCUGCAGAAGCUCCAGCUGGAGCACGCCGUGCGGCUGCUGGGGCUGGAGGCGUCCGCGGCGCAGCUCCGCGCUCUGGUCCCGUCGCGGUCCCUCGCGUCCGUCGGCAAUCGCCUGAAGGAGAUGCGCGCCGCGUCCGACAAGGACGCCUUCCUCGGCAAGGACCUCACCUCCAUCAUCGGGGUCGGGGCCGUCGGCGACACGCGCAACUACGCCGGGGAGCUUGCGGCGGCCGCGGCCCGCGGCGCGGCGCCGCCGCGCUUCGUCGUGAAACUCAUCGAGAUGAUCAAGCAGACCGGCGUCAUCUGCUUCGAGGGCGGCGACAUCAUCAUCCCGUCGACGGAGGCGCUCGAGAAGCGCCUGGGCGACUACUACAGCGGGGCCAAGUACGCGAGCUUCACGAAGCAGCUCAACAACUUCGGCUACCAGGCGGACGGCAAGGGUGACGGCGUGCGGUACCGCAAGGUCACGGGCGGCGAGACCGUGACGACGGUCGAGGAUCUGCUCUCGCUCCGGCCGCUCCCGCGGCGCAAGUCGCCGCCGGCCGGCUCGGCGUCCGCGCCGGUCGCCGCGGCGCCGAAGACGACGCCGCGCGACGGCCUCGUGCCCGCGGCCGAGGUCCUGAAGAUGCAGGAGCAGCUCCUCAAGCUCCAGUCCGAGAUGGCGGCGCUCAAGCGCCAGGUCGGCGCCGACGCGCCGUCGUCCGAGUCGUCGUCGGCCGCGGCGAGCGACGACGACGACGACGAGGCCAUGCCGCCGCCGCCCGCGCCGGACGCCGACGGCGCGCGGCCGCCCCGGAAGCCGCUCGCCAAGUUCCGCUUCGUCGUGCGCCGCCGCGACGCGACGCCCGCAGCGCGCACGGUCGGCGUCGCCCACUCGCCGUCGAGCGACAGCCUCCCCACGGAGUGCGUGAGCCUCAACGGCUCGAGCCCGCCGAGCCCGACGAAGCGCAAGGCGCCCUGA